AUGGGCACGCGCGGGCCCUACACGCUGGUGGACACCACGCCGGCCAAGACCAUCCUGGUGUACCGCAACGGGGACCAGUUCUACGUGGGCCGCAAGUUCGUGUUCUCGCCGCGCCACGUGGCCAACUUCGAGGUGCUGCUGGAGCAGCUGACGGCGCAGGUGGACGUGCCGUUCGGAGUGCGGCGCCUCUACACGCCCACGCGCGGCCACUCGGUGCACGAGCUGGACGCGCUGCAGACGGGCGGCAAGUACGUGGCCGCGGGCCGCGAGCGCUUCAAGAAGCUCGACUAUAUCCAUAUAGUUCCCAGAAAGCCCUCCAAGAAGAGGAAGUUGAAGGAAAUAAAGCCGGUGGUGCACUGUGACAUGAACGUGCCUUCCAGGUGGCAGUCCUAUCACCGCCUUUCCCGAAACAUUAAUGUUUUCACAAAUGGAAGAAUAUUUAUUCCACCCGUAAAAAUUAUUAUACCCAAAUUCAGCCUGACAGACUGGAAUAGCGUGCUGGCCACGAUUGGAGAAAAAGUCUUCCCUUGGGGAGGAGUUCGAAAAUUAUUUACUUUGGAUGGACGUCUUGUGGACAACUCACAGGACUUGCAAGACAGUCAGUUCUACGUUGCUGCGGGACUGGAGAAUUUCAAAAGCUUUCCGUACUGGAGGUCCCCAAACGUUCCCAUCGAGGUCCAAGAAAAGUACUCAGACAUGGAAAGACGCCUGCAGAAAAAGAAGAAGGUGACUUCUAAAGAAAAAGAGCCUCCUAAAGAUGAGAGCGGACCACCUAAAACUCAGGAUUCUGUUUACUAUGCCAAACAAGGAAAGAAGAAACCGCUGGCAGACCCUCUAGUCCAAAUGGGCACAGGUGAUGUGUAUAGAGCCCAGAAGCCCACCAGGGACACCCAAGGGGCACCGGACAUCAAGGAGGACCAGGACGUGCAGGUGGAGGUGCCGGUGGACCAGGCCCCUGCAGAGGUGGUUAAAGAAGAUGAGGAGUCAGAAAGCACCCGUGACUUUGAAGGCAUCCAGGAAAAAGAAGAUGAAAAGAUUUUUGAAGAUAUUAAAAAUAAGGUUUGUAUCAGUAAAUGGUAG